AUGGCAAAAAGGAUCAUCAUAGAAGACGCCCCGAAGAAGAAGCCCAGCCAGAAGCGACCGUUCCGCUGUCUCAACUCCGACUGCCAAACAGAAACAAAUUUGAUUCAUGCGCAAGACUUCGUCAGGCGUCAUUAUGGAGUUCUGUCGUAUCCAAAGAAAAAGAGGGUUUGUGCUGCCUGCUACGCAGAAGCCAAGAAACAGCAAGACAAUCUGGUGGAGGUUUUAGAGGCAAAAAGGCUCUUGCUGGCAGAAACUUUACCGGCCCCAAAGACGACAGUCAUUCUGACCGAUUCGGGCUCGGAUCCAUCUGAAGACGAACUGAAGAGUGAUGAGUCGGAGUACGAGGUAGAGUGCGAUGAUGGCAAAAGCUUGGAAGAGACCCUGGAUGCCAUAUUUACUGACUUGGGCCUUAACGGUCAGAUUACGGACGGCAUGAGUCACCUUGAGCAACGGUCAGAGAAGCUUUUAGAUGAAUUUGAGAAGCUGAAUACUGAAGAAUUUGCCCCCCUUGAGAAAGAACUGGAUAAAAUAAGGAAAGAGUUCUACGACAGUUUCCGUCAUGAAAUAGUGUGGCAGCCAUCUUUGGACAUUGGGCCCUCAGGAACAGUUAUUCAUCAGCCUGAUGGGACUUCAGAGGUGAUUGCAGAAGACUCCGUGCAAGGCCCAGUUGACUUCCUCCCUCCUGUGGGACCGCUCGACCGGUACGAGUUACAGCCUCAGGAGUUCUGCUACUCCAUGAAGUAUUCGCUGUUUGCCCGAUGGGUUCAAGCCCAAGUUAUUGAAGUAGAGAAACGGGAACCGAAGAACACCUUAUACAAGAUCAGAUACAAUCGCACAAAAGGCGGCGGCCUUCCACGAGUCAUCCCAGGACGUCAGUUGGCGUACGCAGGAAAGUGCCCCACUCGCAUCCCCGUAGGAACUCGUGUCAUUGCAAAAUACAAGGACGAAGAUCCCAAAAACUCCACGAUCUCCGGGUCGUUUUAUGUGGGUAUCGUUGCAGAAAUUCCCACGGCAGCUAAUAAAUACAGGUACUUGAUAUUUUUUGACGAUGGUUACGCACAGUACGUCCAUCACGAUGACAUCCGUGUGGUGACAGAGGCGUCUACCUGCCCGUGGGACGACGUAUCCUCUGAUUCGAGGGAAUUCAUCAAAGAGUACCUUCAAAUGUAUCCUGAGAGGCCUAUGGUUCGCCUGCAGAAAGGGAACUUUGUUAAAACUGAGUGGAAUGGUCGCUGGUGGAGAGCACAAGUACAAGAGGUCGAUGGGUCAUUAGUCCAGAUGUUCUUCCCAGUCGACGGACGGUGUGAGUGGAUAUACAGAGGUUCCACACGCUUGAGUCCGCUCUUCAAUAAAAAACUAAACAUCAAGGCUCAGACUGAACAGUUGAGGACCAUUAGACGAAGGACAGCGCCAAUGCCAGGAAGUGCUGUCGUUGAAUACGGUACAUUUGGUCAAGGGCAAGAUUUGGAGCCCGCCCAGCAAGGAGGCGAACGGCGUGCAGUGGCCAGAAAGAGCACGAUGACUCGAGCAGGAACUCCGCCCAAGGAAGUGCAGCUUCGCAUCGAACAGGAAUCCAAAGGCUUCCUCAAUGAGGUAAUUGUCCUUCUAGCUUUCUCAUCCAAGAAUAGUUUUGCACCAACAGUUAUUACAAAGAAACAUCCUCUUCAAGAGAAGAUCAUGAAGUACCGACGACACAUCUGUGCUAGCCGCUGCCUGGGCAAGAAUGGUGAUAGCAUGAAGAAACACAAAGAUUUCUCACCACUGUUAUAUCCUCUUCUUCAGGGAUGGAACAGGCUUAUUGUGAAACAGAAACGGAAGACCAAUACCAAACACGAAGUGUUUUACGUUGCCCCGUGUGGAGUGCGCCUGCGGAACAUCAGCGAAGUCUUCCAUUACAUCAUCACCACAGAGUCAAGCCUUGAAAUCGACUGUUUCUCGUUCGAACUUGGAGUGCACGUCUCCCUUGAAUGGGAGCCUUAUAAAAGGAUCUAUUACUCUGAGGAUAUGACAAAAGCAGAAGAAAACGUGAAGAUCUCGUGCGUCAACUCAUUAGACGAAUCAGAACCUCUCCCGCUGACGUACUGCAACGUUCGUUUGCCUACGAAACACGUCCCUCUAAAUCUCGAUCAGGACUUCCUUGUCUGCUGUGACUGCACGGACAAUUGUCAGGACAAAAGCAAGUGUGCGUGCCAACAGCUGACCGUCCACGGCACCCGGAUUUUGAAUAUGAAGGAAAAUCCCAACGCAGGCUAUCAGCAUCGCCGGCUAUACGAACAGGUCCAGAGUGGCAUAUACGAAUGCAAUUCUAGAUGUCAUUGCGCCGUCAACAGAUGCUUAAAUCGCGUUGUCCAGCAUCCUCUGAGACUGAAGCUGCAGCUCUUCAAGACUGCAAGAAGAGGUUGGGGUGUCAGGACACUUUGUGAUGUCCCGAGGGGAGGCUUCAUCUGCGUGUACGUGGGAAAGAUGCUGAGCGAAACUGUGGCCAAUGAGGAAGGGAAGCAGAUCAUUGGUGGAGACGAUUACUACGCAGAACUGGAUUACAUAGAAGUUAUGGAGAGCAUGAAGGAGGGUUACGAAGAAGAGGUCGUGUCUCCAGAAGAUUCAAGCAAAUCUGCGUUUCAAAAAUCUAGCACACCAGGAUCACUUGGCAACGACAGCGAUGGUUUUUAUAGCGAGAAUGAACCCGACAAUUCGGACACCGACCGCGAUUUCCCUGGGCAGCUCAGCAAAGGCGACAAGAAUUUGGGGAAACGGGAGAGGUCGGCUCGUCUGCAGGAACGUUCAAAGAGCACCAAUUCAUCAAAAGGUGCUAAUUCUGAAGACGAGAACAGCAGAAGUGCAAAAGACCAACAGUCAGGCGAGGGAAAUGGUAAAAGUGAGAAGUCUAAAGAACACGGCUCUGAUGAGGAUGAGGAAGCAGAAGAGGCAGCAGAUGAGAAGCAACGUCAGCGACAGGCAUUUUUACCUUCCAUGGAGAAACGCGAGCGGAAGAGCGUUCGAGAAUUCUUCGGAAAAGAUGAGUCUGUCUACAUAAUGGAUGCGAAGACCACAGGGAAUAUUGGACGCUAUUUGAAUCACUCGUGCGAACCAAACGUCUUUGUACAGAACGUGUUUGUGGACACUCAUGACCUGCGAUUCCCCUGGGUGUCCUUCUUUGCCAUACGCAACAUCAGAGCGGGAUGCGAGCUGACGUGGGACUAUCAAUUUAGAAGUGUGGACAGCGUCCCGGGAAAAGUCAAAUAUUGUUACUGUGGAGAGAAAAAGUGCAGGGGCAGAUUGUUAUAAUUAUUACUUUUUCUUAACGAUAUUUGUAAUGAUCUAGUUAGUAUUAUAAUUUUAGCCACUUGAUACAGUACAUAUAGAAAACAUGGACUUCACUUUAAUCCAGAAGCAUAAAGAUUUAUUUUAUAUAUAUAAAUAUUUAAGCAGAUUUUCUUUUGAACUGAGAGCAUUGUGGUCCUUGUACUGUACCUGUAUGUAUAAAUAGUAUUUGACAGACGAGGAAGAUCUCUGUGAAGCCGUAAGAACACUUACUGGAAAACAACUUUCUGUCACCAAUUUUUUUUUGGUUGUUGAAUAACUUUCGACAUACUUACAUUCAUUUAGGUGGCUUUGAUUUCUAUUCUCCGAUGAUAUUCCCUCCAAAAUGUAAUUUAUAAUCUAGUCGGAUGCCAUCAUGAUUGUAUAUAGAGCGUAAAUAAGUGACAGAUGACGUUACAAUUUACAUUCCGGAAGGUUUAUUGUAAGUUAAGGAAAGGAAAUCACUCAUUUAAUACUAUUAAGCUUCUAGCCUAGAGUGCAAGUAGUAUACAGUAUUUGUAAAUGUCAAUUUUAUAAGGAAUAAAGUGUUUUGUAAGAAUCA